GAGGACCAAUAUUCCUAAAACUCAGUGUAUUUACCUACAGAAAAAUAAGAUUCUUUCUUGAAAUCAUGGGUACUCAGGGACUCUUUCAUUGCUCUACAUAUCUUUGAUGUUUGGAAUCAAGGCUCAGACUGUUUUAGAAAUUGUGCUGUGAUCUUCCACAUAUCUCUCUACACGCUAUUGUAUCCUGCAUUGCUCCGGAGCUACCUGUACAUGGUCCCUGGAACAAGCUUGGAAUGGGAAUCUCUUGAUCGUGCUGUGCUAGUAUUCUGGAGCUGCUGUGUGUUAUAAGCUAAAGCCAACCAUUGUCAUUGCUUUUUUGUAAUUUUAUCUUCCAGCAUCGCUUUCAUGAAGUUCAAUGUCUUUCCUUGCUUAAGCUUCAAAAUGAUCAAGGUCAGCUGCUUUUGGAAUCCAAUUUGAGUGAUAAUCACCAAAAAGUCCAAUAUUCCGAGAGCUUUAUGUAGCUUUGACAGGAGAUAGGAAAGCUCCUGUUGUUGGUGCUCAGUGUGAAGGUCUAUACGAGAACUAUAGGGAUGCAAGUGACAGUAUAUUGCCAAUUUAUCAAGUGUCGGAACGUUGUUUGGUAUCAGGAAAGUAUCUCUACGUUAUGUGCUAUGAUGUAGCACCCGUUUGCUCCGUUAGUUUGUGGUAUAGCUCGCAGGUGGCAGUGCUUUUAAAUGUGUGGUGUGUGACCGUCUGCUCUAAACAAAACUGGAUGUAUCUGAUGUUUGUGUCUUUUGGUGUACUUGAGCUGUGUUUCUCUAUCAUUCACUCUCUGUGCUAUUCUUUGGAAAGUUAAUGUGAAUAAACUGAUUUCUCUGCUGAACAAACAAUGAUGGCUGAUGCAAGCGGUGAUCAGGAGUUGGUUGGAAAUACACAACAGCAGAAAAACUGGAGGGGGAUUGCUAUUGCGCUUCUUGUCAUCGUUAUCGUCUGCUCUCUCAUCAUCACAGCCAUUGUCCUCUUAACAGAAGCUAAACCAAAAGAAGAUACAAGAGAAAAAUUCAGUUUUGAAGAUUUCCUAACAGGGGAGUUAAAACCAAAAUCAUUUCACCCAGUCUGGAUUGAAGAUGACCAGUUUCUGUAUCGGAAUGAUGAUGGCGCCGUGGUCAUUUACCGGUGUUCUGACAAUUCCUCUUCAGUCCUCAUGGAUAAUACAACAUUCAGGGAGCUCAACACCCACUCCUUCCAGGUGUCUCCUGACCAGAAGUAUGUCUUGCUGAUGUUUGAUGAGCACCCAAUAUACAGACACUCUAAACUGGCCAAUUACAGCUACUAUGAUAUUCAGAGAAAGAAACAACGAGUCCUUGAAACCUCCAUGGGCCAGAUUUUUCAGUAUGUGGGAUGGGCCCCAACUGGUCAUGCAGUGGUGUUUGUACAGGACAAUAACAUCUUUUACAAAUCAGACGUUACUGAGAAUGAUGUAGCACCCAUGCAGAUCACCACAGAUGGCUACCAUGAGGAAAUCUUUAAUGGAAUCCCAGACUGGGUGUAUGAAGAGGAAAUCCUCGCAUCAGACCACGCCCUCUGGUGGUCCCCCGAAGGCUCAUUUCUCCUAUAUGCAUCAUUCAAUGAUACAGAGGUUCGAAAGUAUUACUACCCUCUUUAUGGAAGUAUGGAGGACUCGUACGGGAUGCAGAAACGCAUCGCAUACCCAAAGGCUGGUUUCAGAAAUCCAACAUUUAAGCUUAAAAUCUUCAACUUCAAAACCAAGGCAACAAAAGUUGUUAAUCCUCCAAUGGAGCUGGCCAAAGCGGAAUACUAUUUCACGUUUGUCCAAUGGAGAGACGACAACUAUGUGCUGAUUGCCUGGUUGAAUCGCGCCCAGAAUAAGUCAGUUAUCACCGUGUGUAAUGCUGAGACAGGAGGGUGCAGCAUCAAUCAACGAGAGAGUGGACAUGGAGCCUGGGUAGAGUUGUACAAGCCGCCAUUGUUUGCCCCCAAGGGAGAUAAAUACUUCCUGGUAUUGCCAAACCAGGAGGGUGUGGCAGGGUACUUCCAACACGUUGCUAUGGUUACCCUUCCAGUGAGUACAUCACCCAAGCAGCUGAGCCGGGAGACUGGCGUGAGGCGCUAUCUCACCCUCGGCAAGUAUGAUGUCACAAACAUUGUGGGAUAUAAUGAGAAACUGGAACUAGUGUAUUACAUAUCUACUAAGGGAGACCCACGACACAGACAUCUCUUCAGUGUGUCCAGCUCUCUGCAAAAUAAUUUCCGGCACACAGAGUGUUUGACCUGUGACCUUGAUCCAGACCAUUGCAGGUACUACACUGCCAGUUUCAGUCAGUCGGGAAAGUACUACGUCCUUGGAUGUAUGGGUCCAGGAAUUCCUUACUAUACCCUCCGUUCAACAGAGUCAGACUUUGAGAUUAUGAUGGAGGGCAAUGAAGGCCUGCGAGCUCGACUGCCAAAUAAGGCCCUACCCACCACAGAAUUCUUCACCUUCAAGGCUGACAAUGGGGAGAUUCUACAUGGAAAAUUGUUGCUGCCACCGAUACUUAAAAAGGAAGAAAUCUUGACUUACCCUCUGUUGCUGAAAGUAUACGGAGGUCCAGGAAGUCAGGAAGUGACAGAACAAUUCUCGCUCUCAUGGGAGACCUACCUGUCCAGUACUCAUGACUUUAUCUGUGCAUACGUGGAUGGACGAGGGACCGCAGCCAGAGGAAACACAUUCCUUCACUCCAUCUACAGAAAAUUGGGCACAUAUGAGGUUGAUGAUGCUGUAACUGCUGGGAACUUUUAUGACGAGUUGCCCUACGUAGAGUCCAGUAAGAUAGCAAUAUGGGGUUGGUCUUACGGUGGUUUCCUGACAGCCUCUGUACUCGGUCGAGGGACAGAGACGUUUGGAUGUGGUAUCUCCGUGGCUCCUGUCACCGACUGGCAUUACUAUGACUCUGUGUAUACUGAGCGAUACAUGAGUACACCGGAGGACAAUCCUGAUGGGUACAAUUUGUCAAAUGUUUCCAAAAAUGCAAAGAAUUUCAAGUCAGCUAAGUUUAUGUUAAUUCAUGGAACUGGAGAUGACAAUGUCCAUUUCCAAAAUUCAGCCCAGUUGAUGCGUGCACUGGUAGAGGAGAAUGUCUACUUCAGAUCACAGAUAUAUACUGACCAACAACAUGGUCUCGAUGGUGGGAACUCACGACGUCAUCUCUACGAAACCAUGGAAGAUUUCUUGAAGGAAUGUUUCACAGGAAAGUCCAAGAAGUUUGAACAAAAAAGCAAAAUCUUAGAAAAUAGCAAACAAGAACCUAUAGACGAGUCUUAGUUAGAGAUCUUUGCUCUGUGAAUCCUAAGUUUACAACGUCACGCUGUUUCAACAUAUCAAACAUCUACAAAGUGAUAUCGGGCACUGUAUUUCAUAAGGAAAUCAAAAUUUACACAACUGGAAAAUAAUGGAAAGAAAUUGUGUCAGAAGUUUUGAAUAGAAAUGAAACAAAACAAUGAACACCUUUUGUAGUCUCCUUGUUAGAAGAUUUCAUUUUAAAGGGAGAUAUUGGAUGAACCUGGUGAUCUUAACACUUGUUUUAAUGAACGUGUCGUAAUAUAUGUUCAGGACGUAAAAAUUGUCUUUCUGACCAAUGGAAAUUCUGUUGAUAUUUUUCAACGUGUUCAAUAAUAUGAUGGACAAAUGGUGUAAUGAUAAUAAGGACGUUAAUGUUAUAACAUAAACAACGUCAAUUGAUUUUUAAGAUUAUUAUUGCUAGAAGCUAUUGUUACCUAAUUUCAGUUUGGAAUGAUACUUUUUAACAAAGCUUGUAAUGCAAAAGUUUUGUCAACUUUAAAAUUACAUAUACAUAAUUUUCAAAAUAACUCUUGGUUUUAAAUUCAAUAUAUGAAGAAAAAUGUGAUUUGAUUUGUCAGACCUCAAAUAUCAAUCAAUAAGAAUUUGUUUUUUCAAAGAUACAGAUAUAUCAUAGUUUUU